UUCGCCGACUGUUUUAUUAGGGUUUAACGAACACACCCUUGCUCUCAAAGCAAAUCUCGUCGAACGGGCAACUUGGCGGCCAUGGCAUCAGAAGACGCGAGCUCGAAGAGUAAGGGGAAGAGAAAGCGAAAUAGAGGGAAGAAGUCGAUUGUAGAAAAUCCAGAACCGGAGCUGCAAAAUGCUGAAAUUGUUGAACAGGCAGAAGGAGAAGAUGAGGAGAAGAGCAAUAGUGAGGGACAUGUUGAGGAACGGAAAGAGAAGAAGAAAAAGAAGAACAAGAAGAUGAGGAAGGAGAAGGUUGAGGGGAUAGAGGUUGAGGAAGAUGAUGAGGAGGAGGAAGAGGAAGUGGAAGGGGAGGGGGAAGAAGAAAAAGGGGACGAGAAGAAGAAGUUGACGGUGAAGAGUGGUUCUGGGAUUAUGAGUACCGAGUCAUUCGAAUCGUUGGGAUUGUCCAAGCACACUUUCAACGCUAUCCAGGAGAUGGGUUUCCCGUUCAUGACUCAGAUUCAAGCCAAAGCAAUUCCUCCGCUUAUGAUUGGCAAAGAUGUUCUUGGAGCUGCAAGGACUGGUUCUGGAAAAACCCUUGCGUUUCUAGUACCAGCCAUAGAGUUGUUAUAUAAUAUCAGUUUCACUCCUCGCAACGGAACAGGUGUUAUAGUCAUUUGCCCAACAAGGGAACUUGCCAUACAGACUCAUGCGGUUGCAAAGGAUCUUCUGAAGUAUCAUUCGCAGACCCUUGGCAUGGUUAUUGGUGGUGCAGGCCGGAGAGGUGAAGCAGAACGUAUUGUGAAAGGUGUGAAUGUAUUAGUAGCAACCCCUGGUCGGCUUCUGGACCAUCUUCAGAAUACGAAGGGAUUUGUGUAUAAGAACUUGAAGUGUCUCGUGAUCGAUGAAGCUGACAGGAUAUUGGAGACAAAUUUUGAGGAAGAAAUGAAGCAAAUUAUCAAGAUUUUACCAAAGAAGAGGCAAACUGCUUUAUUUUCGGCAACCCAAACUAAGAAGGUUGAAGACCUUGCCCGUAUAUCAUUUCAAACAACUCCAAUCUAUAUUGAUGUGGAUGAUGGGAGAACUAAGGUCACUAAUGAAGGUCUGCAACAAGGCUAUUGUGUUGUGCCUAGUGCGAAGAGAUUUAUUCUUCUAUAUUCAUUCUUGAAGAGAUAUACAUCAAAAAAAGUGAUGGUCUUCUUUUCUUCAUGCAACUCAGUCAAAUAUCAUUCAGAACUUUUGAGAUAUAUUCAUGUGGAUUGCUUUGAUAUUCAUGGAAAGCAAAAGCAGCAGAAACGUACCUCUACCUUUUUUGACUUCUGCAAAGCAGAGAAGGGUAUCUUGCUUUGUACUGAUGUUGCUGCUCGUGGACUUGACAUUCCCGCUGUGGAUUGGAUUGUGCAGUAUGACCCUCCGGAUGAACCCAAGGAAUAUAUUCAUAGAGUUGGUAGAACAGCCCGUGGAGAAGGUGGGAAGGGAAAUGCCCUCCUCUUCUUGAUUCCAGAAGAGUUGCAAUUUCUCCGUUAUCUAAAGGCAGCAAAAGUUCCUGUGAAAGAGUACGAAUUUGAUCAAAAGAAGCUGGCAAAUGUGCAGUCUCAUCUGGAGAAGCUGGUGGCUAACAACUACUAUUUGAACAAGUCGGCUAAAGAUGCGUAUCGGUCAUACAUAUUAUCGUAUAAUUCUCAUAGCAUGAAAGAUAUCUUUAAUGUUCAUCACCUUGAUUUACAGGCAGUUGCUGCUUCCUUUUGCUUUUCUGGCCCUCCUAAGAUCAAUUUGCACUUGGACAGUAGUGCGUCCAAAUUUAGAAAGAAAACGCGCAAAGUUGAAGGAACCCGUAAUGGGUUUAGUGAUGGCAAUCCUUAUGGGAGACAGGGAGGUGAAGACGAUAAAAGACAAUUUGUAAGGUAUUAGCAGGAUCAGUGCUUGGAGUUCACACAUGAAUCCACACUAGUACUGUAUGAGUAAUUUUAGUUUUAGGGUUCAGCAAUUUCUUGAGCGACUGGACUCUGAAAUUUUGUUUUCUUACCAUUUUUGGUGGUUCUCUCGAUGAUGAUAGCAAUGAGAAGAAUGUGUAACAGAGGUUUUGAUAAUGGCUAUUUGAUGUUGUUGAUAGUUAAUUUUCUUGUGAACUGCACGUAUGUUGAUAUACUCAAUGGAUUGGAUUCUUAGCAAGUGAUUUGCA